AUGCGGUGGUGUCCGGUCCUGGCUGGUUUGAUACGCGACCUGUUGCAGCUGGGAUUGGGGCGGUUCAGCAUGGUGCUGCAUUUCCCCGGUGGUCUCUUCCCUCCUCCUCAGCUUCAUCAGCCUCCGCUCUUCGAGUUAAGGCGCGGCGCGCUUCCCUCUGGAAGCCAUUCUCCGGUCCGCCUCCCCUUCCUGUCGCUCCUCCUCGUCCGCCGCCUCGUCCGCCCCGCGAUGCCCGUGUCGAUUGGCGACGAGUAUUACUCGUACUCGCCGCGGCCCUUUGCCUUGGCGUCGGCUGCAGUUGCCCCUCCUGCCUUAUCGUCCCCGGCACCUGCGCCUGUGGAGAUGUCUCCUCUUCCUGCACCGUCAUCCGUGACUCAGGCUGGCCUCGUCCUCGCGCCUGCUGCCCUGCCUGCUCCCGCCGUGGCAUCGUUGUCGGCGCCUGGUGUGGCGCCUUGUCAUGCACCGGGCUCGUCCCCUGCUCCCGCGCUCGCCCCGGCGUCUGAUCCUGCCCUUGUCCCUGGGCCUGUUGCGGCGUCUGAUCCUGUGCGUUCUCCUGCGCCUGCGCCGGUGGUUCCACCUGCCCCCGUGGGGGCGUCGGCGCCCGUGCUUGGGGUUGCGGCGGCGUCUGCUGCUGUUGGAGGCGCCUCCUCGCCGCCACUGGUCGCGCCUGCCGUGUCGCCUUCUGCUGCUGCUGGUGCGGACCCGACGUACCAGCCACCUCCAGCCACCAGCGCCGGCCUGAGCUCGGCGGAGGUUCAGUCGGCUCGCGCGUCACCUCCGGAUGCUCCUGCCCCUCCGCCUGCGGCGGCGACAGUGCCGCCUCCGACCGUACAGGCGGGUCCUGCUCCCGCACCCCUUGCUCCUGGUCCUCCUGCCCAACGUCCUGCGUCCCCGGGCCGUCGGCAGCAUCGGCCCCAAUCCCCUGCACCGCGUGACGAGCGAGAGACGUCACGGCGGCGUCAUGAUUCACCCCGCCGCCGUGGUUCCCAGGCGAACCGGGCUGCACUACGUGGCGGCCGAGGGGGCUGGUGGGGAGGGCGUGGUCACGGUGGUGGGUGGGUGUACGAUCAGCCGGUGACAAUGGCCGACUUGCAGCGGGUUGUGUCUGACGCGAUGCGCGAGGAGCGGAACGGGCGGGCGAGCCUGAGCAGUUCGCCGCGCCAUGCUCCUGCGUCGGUGUCUCAUCCUCCGCCUGCGCCCUAUGCGCCCGCUCCUCCUCCUCCUUCAACUGCUGCUCCUCCUCCUCGUGCUCACGCCCCGUCAGCUGCUGCUCAUGGGAAGGUUCCUCCUAUGGCGGGUGUGGAGUUUGUGACUGCGGGCGGGGGACCAGUGACGCCGCAGUAUCCGUCCCUGCUGCCUGUUGCUCCUGAUCCUCCGGCAGCUGAUUUUUCGGUCCAGACGCUGGUAGGGCCUUCUCCUUCAGUGGAUGUGCCCGAGGCGACACUCGGGCAGCUCUGGCGCCUCUCUGAGGGUCUGCGGGCUGUUCACCUGAUCCAGGUGUAUUGCCACGCGGCUCUUUCUCGUGGCGUGCCUCUGGUAGGCGGCCCUCUGGACGAGUGCUCGGAUGCCGCUGACCGCCUUGCCGAGCUCCUUGCGCCCGUGUUGGCUGCGCCCGCGCGGGGAGGAGUUGUGGGCGUUGGACAGCUUGGGACUGCGCUCCGUGGGCUGCGCCGGGCGAUGCACGCAGCGACUGCAGUCGACCUGAUCGGCGCAACCACUGUGGUGGUGCGCGAGCUUCAUCGCUCGUUGACUGGGCUCCUUGCUGUUCUUGACGCGGAUCAGAUGUAG